GUUUCACCAAUUUCUAUUGCAGCUGGCAGUUGCAAUACAGAUGCAAUAGCAGUCAAAUACAUUUUGUUCAGAACUACAAAGAAUUUGUAAUACAGCCAAAAAACGGAGGUCUAUUCAUAAUAUCAAGAGAAUAGUUGUUCGAAUACGACAGGUUAGCUACUGGCACUACACUAGAGUGAAAUAUUGAAAUAAUAUGGAGAAGAAGAACGACAAGUUUCACGUCAACUGUCAACUCAAUCAAAUUUCCUUCUGUCAUUUAUUUCUGUGCUGCAACUUCCUUUCUUUUUCUUCCAUCGUGUUUCUCUGAGCUGGUAGUUUCUGGUUCAGCGCUGGUCAAUUUUUGUUUAAAAAAUUGAUUAACUCGACCAGAAAUCUAAAGAUGGCAUCUGUUGAAAAAGGUAAUCUCGAAAAACCCGGCCAGGAAACGGCCCCAGUCCACCACAUCAGGAUAACCCUCACCUCGCGCAAUGUUCGCUCCCUGGAAAAGGUUUGCGCCGAUCUCAUCGAUGCAGCCAAGAAGCAAAAACUGAAAGUGAAAGGGCCAGUACGUAUGCCAACGAAAAUCCUACGUAUUACCACGCGUAAAACGCCUUGUGGAGAAGGUUCCAAGACCUGGGACAGGUUCCAGAUGAGGAUACAUAAGAGGGUCAUCGAUUUGCAUUCACCAUCAGAAAUCGUCAAGCAGAUUACUUCCAUUAAUAUUGAGCCUGGUGUAGAAGUUGAAGUUACCAUUGCUGAUGCUUAAGUUUUUUAUUUUUGUAAGAUCAUACUGUUGAUGAGUACAAAAUAAAAUUUCUAUAACUUCAUUAUGUUGUUUU